CGGCAAAUUGCGAGCGCUGCGCGGAACGCAAACUACUUCGAGGAUGACGGUCAUGUUGACUUAUAGCCUCGCCAAUCCAGUGGGCGCUUAGAGUCAGCUGACACGUCCUCUUUGAACAGCGUGACGUGGGUUACACUUGAAUUGCUAUCGCGACAUCCGGUGGACACGUUUAGAACAGCAGCUUCUCACACCGCUGAAUUAAGGAGUGGGACUAUCCAGGCCUAGCCGCAGUGUGCUCAGACAAUAAUAAUACCGCAUCAUCUCUUUCUGUUUGGGACUUAUCAGGCGGGUGGAGCCUUCUUCAGUCACGGUUCGGGCGAACGAGGAGGCAAAAAACGCGUCAAAAGUGCAGCGAUGACGACGACGAUUACGAUGCUGAGGCCGUACGCGCCUCACCCCGUCGCCCCCUUUUGCGUCCACCCCAUCAUCAGCCGUGCGCACCCUUGGACGCGAUGAAGGCGGUGACGUCAGAGUGACGUCUGCCGACACAAGUUGUGUGAAGACAUGGCUGCAGGAGGGGGCGGGGGCCAUGCAGUGACAUCACGUCAGCGACUAUAAAGUGCGGGAAUGGAGGCGGCUGCAGCUCACAUCUUCUCAGCAGCAGGGAGGUCUUCUCGCCACGCGUCUGACCUUUCGCCCUAUGGACUAACCGCUCCCGCUCAGGCCGGGUCACGCAAAAGUGUGGGAUUUGUCUUUUUUCCCCCUCACCACUCGCUUUAGUCGUCGGCCUUUUUUCUUUUUUUUUUUUCCAUCUCCUCCCCCUUCUCCACCGAGCGAGAUGCAGAUUCACUUGGCGUGCGUGCUCCUGCUGGGCUUCACCUGCGGCGGACUCUGCGCAGGUCUAGACGUGGACCAGGAGCAGCGAGCGAUAGAAGAGGAGCUCCUCAGCAGCUUGUUUGCGUCCAAGCUGCAGCAGAGCCGGCAGGGCGCCCCCUACUGGCGCCUGUCGCUGGACAACCUGUGCGGGCCGCUGAGCGGGCUGCGGCAGGAAGCGUGGAGGAGCGGCGAGGAGGAGGAGGCGGAGGCGGAGGGAGAGGAGCGCGGCGUCCAGAGGCCGGAGGAGCUUUACAGGCUGCAGCACAUCUGCCGAGCGCUGCAGAGCCAGGAGGGCCGGCUUCGCCACGGUUCCCAGGAGUACGCGCCCGAGAACGGCGAGGCUCUGCUGAAGCGGAAGUCCCCCUACAUCCUGAAGAGACAGGCGUCUCACAGACCCAAGUCCCGGAGGCCGUACAUCUUGAAACGAAGUGCAAUUUACUGACAUCCACACGCCCUCGAAGGCCUCACGGGGGUGGAUACCUUCCCGCCGUCAUCGUGUCUUCUUUCUCCCGCCUCCCUUGCCGAUCUUUUUGCCCUUUUGACCUAAUCCAACCGUUGCCGCCAUUGCUCCUCUCAAGUGUCGCUAGGUCCUUAAAAUAAAAUGUUCGCAUCACACUGAAGGAGAAGCUAUAUUUAUUUACAACAGGGGUGUCCAAACUACGGUCCGCGGGACAAGAGCGUCUUCAAUUUGGCCCGCGAGACAGCACAAGUUCAAUAAACAACUCCACUGGGUUAUUUAUAAAUAUCCACUGGUCCGAUUGCUGCCAUUUUAUUGACAUCUGAUAGCCAACAAAAGUACAUUAAAGGCCUACUGAAAUUAAUUGUUUUUAUUUAAACGGGGAUAGCAGAUCUAUUCUAUGUGUCAUACUUGAUCAUUUCGCGAUAUUGCCAUAUUUUUGCUGAAAGGAUUUAGUAUAGAACAACGACGAUAAAGAUUGCAACUUUUGGUAUCUGAUAAAAAAAAGGCUUGCCCCUACCGGAAGUAGCGUGACGUAGUCAGUUGAACAUAUACGCAAAGUUCCCUAUUGUUUACAAUGAUGGCCGCAUGAAGUGAGAGAGAUUCGGACAGAGAAAGCGACAAUUUCCCCAUUAAUUUGAGCGAGGAUGAAAGAUUUGUGGAUGAGUAAAGUGCAAGUGAAGGACUAGUGGGGAGUUGAAGCUAUUCAGAUAGGGAAGAUGCUGUGAGAGCCGGGGGUGACCUGAUAUUCAGCUGGGAAUGACUACAACAGUAAAUAAACACAAGACAUAUAUAUACUCUAUUAGCCACAACACAACCAGGCUUAUAUUUAAUAUGCCACAAAUUAAUCCUGCAUAAAAACACCUGCGUGUUUGUUAUGCUAGCUCCUAGCUCCUCUGCUAGCUCCUAGCUCCAUAGAACACGCCAAUACAAUUCGAACACCUGAUCAACACACACAAUCACUCAGCCCAAAAGACCGUUCACCUAACCCAAGGUCCAUAAAGCUUAUAUAUUUUAAAAAAGUUACGUACAUACGCAAAAAAAAGUUGC